GUUAGGCUACUUGAUGAUGAAAAACUAAUAAAAUAAAUAUUUUUUUCUCCAUUUUUAGAUUACUUUUCCAGCACAAAUUCAAAUACAUUCAGAUUCCCCCUAAAAUAUCUUACAUUUACACGACACCUGACACAAAAUAAUCAAAUGACUAAUGACAGUUCCCCCCCUUAUGGACAACCAAAAGGCAUAAUAACUACUUGAAUUGGACUUGAAUAAUUUACUCAAAGAACAUUUACGCUGAACAAAUAACCAACUAGUAUGUUUGACUAAUUUUUCAUAGCACAGAUACAAAUACCCCCAAGCUCAGAUGACAAAGGCAAUGUUCUGUGGAAUAUGCUGUCCAGCAGGUGGAGGUGUUGUGCCUCAUUUCUGGAUAAAGAACAGAGAAGAAGAAGAAGGAACCACGGCUGAUCCCUUCUGCAGCACAUUGAACAGAAUCUAAUUUAAUGUGACACUAACAUGGACUAAACAGUGGAGGGGACGUGCUGUGGGAGUCGUUUGGACCAAUGUUAACAGCCAGGUGCAUUGUGGGAACAUCUGCAAAGUAUCUGAGACAACAGAUCAAGCUGCAGAACAGGAUGUCGACUCGUCCUCGCCCCGUGGCUGCGGUGUGUCAGGUAACAGCCACCCCGGACAAACAGGCUAACUUCUCUGCCUGUAAACAGCUGGUGGAGGAGGCCAAGGCUCAGGGGGCCAGCAUGGUGUUCCUGCCUGAGGGCUUUGACUACAUCGGAUCAAGUCGAGAGGAGACUCUAUCUCUGUCUGAGAGCCUGACAGGAGACACCAUCUCACAGUACACUCAGCUGGCCAAGAAGCUGGAAGUGUGGCUCUCUCUUGGAGGAUUUCACGAACGAGGACACGACUGGGAGUCUGACAGACGAAUCUAUAACAGUCACAUCAUUAUUAAUGAUAAAGGUGACAUAGCUUCGGUCUACAGGAAGUCCCAUUUGUUUGAUGUGGAGCUGCCAGAAAAAGGUGUAUCCCUUAAAGAAAGCGCCUUCACCAUUCCUGGGCCUGCCCUCGUGCCUCCAAUUCAAACUCCCAUCGGCAAGGUUGGUCUUGGAAUCUGCUAUGAUCUGAGAUUCCCGGAGUUAUCUCUGGCUCUUCAAAGGACAGGAGCUGAAAUUCUGACCUACCCAUCAGCCUUCACUGUAGCUACAGGAAUUGCUCACUGGGAGGUGUUACUGCGUGCACGGGCGAUUGAGACCCAGUGUUUUGUCUUGGCGGCAGCACAAGUCGGGCCGCACCACGAGAAACGCUCGUCGUAUGGACAUGCCCUAGCGGUGGAUCCGUGGGGGGAGGUUGUGGGUGACUGUGGGGGGGAGAAACCAGGCCUGGUGCUGGUGGAGGUUGACUUGGAGAAGGUGAACAGCACAAGGAGGAACAUGCCAGUCCAACAGCACCGCAGGGACAUGAGUUUCUAUCAGAGCCUGGAGAAGACUUGACGACUGGAGGAGGACACUGAGAGACAACAAACUACACAGGAUGUCUUCUUCCACCUAACGAGCCAAUCAGGAUGUUCCUUUUUGACAGUUUCUAACAUGCUGCGUUAUGAGUGCUUUAAAUCAAUUCAUGUUUGAUUCAUAUUUAUGCUUUUGUAAUCAGAAUGAAGAAGGUGAGAGGGUUUGAAACUUUGUAUGACAGAGGGAAAGACGCACACAUUUGUGUCAAAUCAAACUGAAUAAGUUCAAGAGAAACAUGGAGUACGUUUUCAAAUCUUGUUGAAAUAAAAAUAGUAUCAGAGUUCAUUA